AUACCUAUGGUUAAGGCGAAGUUGGAGGAAAGACAGAAAUUAAUGUCACGAUUUGGAAAUAAGGAUGAUGUUGUCUUGGACGUUUUGGAUUUUGCUGGUCAAGGGGAGUAUUAUGCCUCUCACCAGACAUAUAUUCGCAAGGAUGCUAUAUUCAUUCUCGUGGUUGACACAUCAAAGGACGUCAAUCAGAGAUUGGUAUUACCUGAACAAAAGGAGAACAAGACGAGUCAGUUUCUUUGUGAUAGGCCUGGAGUUGUAUUUAACUGUUGGAGUCCAAAAGAUUAUCUUUACUAUUGGCUGAAUACCAUUCGAAUGCAUGGAGGGAAUAGUGAACGGAUCAUUUUUGUUGGAACUCAUAAAGACAAAAAAAGGAAAGAUUUUGACUUGAAUCGUCUACUUGAUGACACAUCAAAGGAAAAGCUCAUGCCAAAAAGAUACUUUAAACCUGUCAUUACAGAUCUUUUGAAAUUUGAUGAAGAAACUAAAAAGGAAAUAACAGAAAUUAAAAAUGAGAUUUGUGAGCUCAUUAAUGAAGAAAAUGUUAAAGAGUGUCGACCAGCUAAAUGGAUGAAAUAUUUAAAUAUGUUUGAUAUCAUUAAAAGAAAUUUCCCAAUUGUCAGAAUUGAAGAAGUUUUGGAAAUGAUUGAUCAUUUUGACUUUGGGAUGAAUGACACGGAAAUAGCGGAUAUGCUUCAAUUUUUCCACAGUUCUGGAAAAAUUAUUUUCUUCAAUAUGGAUAAAUUACAGGACAAUCUUAUUCUUGAUAUUCAGUGGUUUAUUGACUGUUUUAAACACAUUAUUUCUGAUCGAAAUCAUGUGGAGGAAGAUUGUAGGAUUGUUGAUGACAAGGAGAAAGAAAUGUUAAAUUACUUUCGAGACAAAGGUGUAUUAGAAGUUAGUAUAUACGAGAAGCUAUUGAAUCAAAAAUUCAUACCAAAGGAGUUUUGGAGUAUUUUAGGUGAUUAUCAGAGUAAGCUUGGUAUGAUGUUUUACAUCAAGAAUUACAAAGUGGACGAUGAUGUCACAAUAAAGGAGGGUUGGUAUGUUCCUAGCAUAAACACCCAGGAAUUUAAACCCCAAAUAGCGGAGUAUGAAAGCAGCGAAUCGUCCCAGAUCCUUUGUUUUAGAUUUAGAGAUUAUCUGCCCCAUGAUUUAUUUGGGAGAGUAAUAGUAGCCUGCCUGAAAUCGGGACAUUGGUAUCCGUACGAUUUCCGAUUGUGCAAAACUGGAGCAGAUAUGUGUUAUAGACAUUCUAACAUAGCUGAAGAGGAACAAAUUUACCUUUUCACCGACAAAAGAAUCAUAACCGUUCAAUUUAUUGGAAAGCAUUCAGAAAAGAAUGGACAAACAGUCAGGCAAGAAAUAGAUUCCAUUCUUAAAUAUUUUUGUCAGUUUUACGCAAGUUCCACGGAAUAUGAAGUAGGUUUUCUUUGUCGUAAAGAAGAAGGUUAUAAGGAAAACUUAAUCAACCAUUUUGUGUCGGCAGAAAAAAAGUACUGUCAGGGAUGCUCUAAACGUUUUCUUGAUGAGUGGAAGAAGGCAGAACUAUUUUGGAAAAAGGUAAGAAUUCAAACGAUUUUAAGAUGA